GAACACAACAUGAUUUGGCUUUAAGUGUUGUUUCCACAGAUGUUAAAACUAUCGCUGAAUCUAAUCUGAAGAUACACAGCAGGGGACCAUAGCAGACUGAGAUUCCACACUCUUCUGGGGGAACUAAUCGGCCGUAUUUUUGCUGAAGGUUGAUUUGUCACCACUAACUGGAGGAAACAAACAGGUGACAUAGGAUGCACGCUCUGGGUUUUGGUCUUCUUCUUCUGAGCCUCUGGCCUGAGCCUGCAGAGGCUCAGUUCCCCCGAGUGUGCUGCACAGUGGAGGGGAUCGUGUCCAAGCAGUGCUGCCCCGCUCUGGGCUCAGAUUCUGCCAAUGUGUGCGGCUCUCUGUCCGCCAGAGGAAGCUGCUCGGCUGUCAGAGUCGACAGCAAACCCUGGGGAGGACCGUACAGAUUGAGAAAUGUUGACGACAGAGAGAAGUGGCCGACUAAAUUCUUCAAUCAGACUUGCAGAUGUACUGGUAACUUUGCAGGAUAUGACUGUGGGCAGUGCAAAUUUGGCUGGACCGGACCCAACUGUGACCAGAGGAAAGCCCCUGUGGAGCGGAAAAACAUCCACUCGCUGACCCCCGAAGAGCUGCAGGAGUUCCUCAAUGUCCUGGAACUGUCUAAGACCACCACCCAGCCAGACUACGUCAUUGCCACCCAGCAUUGGCUGGGAAUACUGGGACCGAAUGGAACUGAGCCCCAGUUUGUCAACAUUUCCAUCUACGACUUCUUUGUCUGGCAACAUUACUAUUCUGUCCGGGACACUCUUCUGGGCCCCGGUCGUCCGUUCAGAGCCAUUGAUUUCUCUCACAAAGGACCAGCAUUUAUCACCUGGCACAGGUAUCACCUCCUCAGCUUGGAAAGAGAGUUACAGAGAUUGACUGGUAACGAGAACUUUGGGAUCCCAUACUGGAACUUUGCCACGGGGAAAAAGGACUGUGAUGUUUGUACUGACUCUCUGCUGGGGGGCCGGAACCCAGACAACCCGUCCCUCAUCAGCAACCAGUCCAGGUUCUCCAGAUGGGGGGUGGUAUGUGACAGUUUGGACGAGUACAAUCGCCUGGUCACUCUUUGUAAUGGCACCAGUGAGGGAUCCAUUCAGAGAGGGGUAAUGGGGGGAAGUAACGUGUCUCUGCCCACCAUGACCGACGUGAGACGCUGCCUUGGAAUCAGAAACUUCGACAGCCCUCCAUACUAUACCAACUCCACCUUUAGUUUCAGGAAUGCUCUUGAGGGUUAUGAACAACCAGAUGGAGAACUGGACGAAUCAGUCAGUAACCUUCACAACCUCGUCCACUCCAUGCUCAAUGGAACCAGCGCUUUGUCUCACUCUGCAGCCAACGACCCCAUCUUCCUGGUGCUCCAUGCUUUCACCGAUGCCAUUUUUGACGAGUGGAUGAGAAGGUUCGUUCCUUCCAACACCACUUUCCCAGAUGAGAUGGCCCCCAUUGGUCACAACAGGGACUACAACAUGGUUCCCUUCUUCCCUCCGAUCACCAACGAGGAGAUUUAUGUUUCGUCUGAGCAGUUGGGAUACUCGUAUGCCCUUGCCCUAGAUGACGCGGAUGAUGGAGGGUCUCCUGUGUUUUUGCUGGGCUCCACUAUGGGGGGAGUCUUCAUUGGUCUCCUGGCGCUUGCCCUUAUCUUUGUGCUCUACCUGCGUCAACGGAGAAACAGAGGCUUUGAACCUCUGAUAAAAGCAGACUUCACAAAUAGAAAGUACACAGAGGAAGCCUAGAUGUUCUAUGUUGUUCUGGAAAGCGCUUCAAUACCAACCUGAGAGAAAUGAAGCAGCACAUCUCCAAUAUUGUGUAUGCCCCAGUGUGAUGAUAAUAAUAAUAAUAAUAAUAAUAAAAAUGCAUUACAUUUUAAUAGCGCUUUUCAAAGUACUCAAAGACGCUAACGCAAGAGACAAAUAUGAACCCUAUCUCGGGACAACUUUUUAGAUAUCAUAUAAAACACUUCCAUUGAAUCAUGUAAUAUCCAUUGAAACAUAUUAUUAAAAAUGUCCCAAGACCAAUCAAAAUGAAUGUAUACUUCUUUCUUUUUUUUUGCAUUUUCUUUUGUUAUAUUAAAUGCACAUUUUACUACACAAAUAUACAAUACAUACAGUAUAUAUUGGAAUGUUUUAAUAAAUAUUUAUUCUCAAUAACAGUAACAAAACACAAAUGCAAUCAUCUUAAUUGCACUGGAAAACAAUAAGGCAUAUUUGCUGAACUAGUUCUUCGCUUUUCUUCAUUUGAAAUUAGAUUCAAACGCCAAACAAACAAAAAUGUGACUUUGUACUGAAAUGCAUCGAUUGUAAAAAUAAAUAAAAUUGAUUGACAGAUAUUUUUCAGAUAACUCGUCUCUCCAGACAUCAAUUUUUUAUAUUUUAUUGCAAAAAUAUUACGAUUAAAAGAUACAAAACAUAAAAAGGGCAUCCAGUAAGAUCAAUAUUCAUAAUAAAGAAUCCUUUUAAAUGACACCUUUGACAUAUUUGCUCGAUAUUUUUUGUUCGUGCAAUGAAAAUGCAAACGCCAACUUAAAUGCAAUAAAGAAACGCUCAACAAGUAUUCGCUGAUAUACUGCGCAGGGCAUCACACUGGUUCACUCCUUGGAUAUGUAAGCUUAGCUGGCCUGUUGUUAUGGAGCUGACGGGCUCUCAGAGAACAGUGGACGUUCAUACAGGCUGGUUUUGCCCGCCCCCCCCUCAGCAGUGCCAAGCCUCUCACAUUCUCUGUAAGUACGCUCUACUGAGGAGCUUCACUGAAGCAUUCAGGCCUGUCCGGUCUCCACAGAUUCUCAUUUCACAGGUGACUGUGGUCGGCUUCCAGUCUGUCUGUGCUGCCGACACAACCUUUCAAGCUUCACAGAUACAUCUAGAGGCCCUUUCUUUGCAUUUCCUGUCACCACUUUGUGCUGUUAGCAACUUCCUGUUUUUAUAAUUUCCCCACACUUUAAAUACCUGUGGUAAUACAUUUACAGAAAUAGCAACAGUUAACUUUUUAUUCCUGCCGGACAGUAUUCCAGUUUUGUAGCAUUUUAAACACCACAGUGAAUUAUAAUAGCUAUAUCAUCCACACUUUGAUAGCAGUUUUAGGAUAAGCUUUGCAUAUUUAAUCACGCAUGCAAAAGUGCCACUUUCUUUGUUCCUGUAUGCAAAUCAAGAAUUACUGAAACUUAAAAUAGGUGUUUUUAAUUUGUGGCUAUAUUGAUAGAACAUUCUGAGGAUGCAGAACAAAACAUUGUAGGCUCCAAUUACUGAAAAUGAAUAAAAAAAUUGGAGCAAUGGUGA